AUGACGCAGGCAGAGGGAUGCUGGGAGAAGACCAGUCACAGCCGGCCAGUUGUUCGUUGCAGUUACGUUCCCGGCAGAGCGCGAUGGCGGCCUUACCCUACCUCUCCGCUCCUGCGGCUCCGCCACGGCCUAACGAGGGCAUUCUUAUCGGGGACCGGCUGUACUCCGAAGUCUACCUCGCCAUCGACAACUCCCAUCAUUCCGGAGGAGCGCCUGUCGCCGACUCCGUCUAUGCUGGACGGCCUGGACCUGAGCUCGGAGACUGACCUGCGUGUGCUGGGCUGUGAGCUCAUCCAGUCUGCCGGGAUCCUGCUCCGAAUGCCUCAGGUGGCCAUGGCGACUGGUCAGGUGUUAUUCCACCGCUUCUUCUACUCCAAGUCCUUCGUCAAGCACAGCUUUGAGAUUGUUGCCAUGGCUUGUAUCAAUCUCGCUUCCAAAAUUGAAGAAGCGCCCAGAAGGAUUAGAGAUGUGAUAAACGUUUUUCAUCACUUGCGCCAAUUAAGAGCAAAACGGACCCCAAGUCCACUCAUACUUGAUCAAAGCUACAUAAAUACCAAAAACCAAGUAAUCAAGGCGGAAAGAAGAGUGUUGAAGGAGCUGGGAUUUUGUGUUCAUGUAAAACACCCACACAAGAUCAUUGUAAUGUACCUUCAGGUCUUGGAAUGUGAAAAAAAUCAAACUCUGGUUCAAACCGCUUGGAAUUACAUGAAUGAUUGCCUUCGUACAAAUGUGUUUGUCAGAUUUGAUGCUGAAACGAUUGCAUGUGCUUGUAUUUAUCUUGCUGCAAGAGUAUUGCAGAUUUCUUUACCCAAUAAACCUCACUGGUUUUUACUUUUUGGAGCUACUGAGGAAAACAUGCAGGAGGUCUGUGUCACAGCUCUAAGACUUUAUACCCGAAAAAAGCCAAAUUUUGAAGUUUUGGAGAAAGAAGUAGAAAAGCGGAAAGUGACCUUACAAGAAGCCAAGUUAAAGGCUAAGGGAUUAAACCCUGAUGGAACGCCUGCUCUUUCUACAAUGGGAGGCUUUUCUCCAGCAUCUAAACCAUCAACUCCAAGAGAAGUGAAAGUUGAAGAAAAAUCUCCAGUACUUGCAAAAGUCAAACGUGAACCUGAUGAAAAGCAGUCAUUAAAGAGCCCCUAUAAUGGGUAUGUAAUGGAUAGGUUGCGAAAGGAAAUGAAACGAAGCCGAAGUGGCAGUAGAUCAAGAUCGCGGACAAAAUCAAGAUCUCGAUCUCCACGAAGACACUACAACAACCGACGGAGUCGAUCCGGAACCUACAGCUCAAGGUCAAGAAGCCGUUCUCGAAGCCACAGUGAUAGCCCACGCAGACAUCACAAUCAUGGGUCACCACACCUCAAAUCCAAGCAUCGUGGGGAUGAUCUGAGGGGUUCAAACAGACAUGGACAUAAACGGAAAAAAUCACAUUCCCCUACCCCAGGCAAAUCCAGGGAACAUGGGGAUCCUGCAAAGAAGCACCGACAUGACCACAGCCAUCAUCACAGGGAUAGACGGGAACGAUCACGCUCUUUUGAAAGGUCACAUAAAAGCAAACAUCAUAGCAGUGGUCAUUCUGGACACAGCAGACACAGACGCUGA